AAAAUUUGUUGCUUGCAGGGCACGAAAACAAAUUUUCUAAAUAGAGCUACAUCUUUUGAAUAUAAGCCUCUUACUAUCGAUAUCGGUAUAAUUAAUAUUCACAUUACAUCACUACGCCUUUUAUAAUUAUUCGUAAAAUCGUUGUUCGGUCACGUCACCUUCACUUAUUUGCGUUUUACAAUUAGAAAAUACGCGACAUUUCUUUAAAUAGUUAAUACUAAGUGUCUAUUAAGUGGUAAAACUUAAUUUAACUCACCAAAAUGCUGUAUCUCGAGGAUUACUUGGAAAUGAUUGAGCAUUUGCCCCAAGAAUUAAGGGACAGAUUCACAGAAAUGCGAGAAAUGGAUUUAUCAGUACAGAAUAAUAUGGAUACACUAGAGAAAAGAGUGCGUACUCUAUUUGGUGGAUGUCGCAGGGGCGACGUGAACACUGAUCAGGCCAACACAGAGUUUGCAGACAUUAAGAAAGGGUACACUAAAACUCUGGAGGAGGCUGAUGAGAAAGUUUCAUUAGCAAAUCAGAUGUAUGAAUUGGUUGACAGAUAUCUCCGGAGACUAGAUACAGAGCUUCACAAAUUCAAGUGCGAGCUGGAAGCUGACAAUAAGGGAAUAACAGAGUUGCUAGAGAAACGUUCACUAGAUCUUGACACAAACACCAAUCAUACUGGCACAUCCAACAAUAACCAUUAUAAAGACAGCAGAUAUCGCAUCCGAGCUGAGAAGAGGCGAGAUAGUUGGGCAACUAGGGAGUCGCGAGGUCACGCCAGCAACGGUACCAUGUCUAGAACGGACACUGCGUUACAGGCUGCACUUGGACGCGAUUCUUACUCGCUGGGGCAUGCGGGCAGUGCCAUAGCCGCUGCCGCCAGUCAGGCCAUCGCCGCUACACAACAGAUGCAGCAAGGCCGGCGAACUGCGUCGCUGAAGGCUUCGUACGAGGCGGUCGCGGGUGAACUGGCGCACCAACACGCUCACCACAGCCACCACGCCCAUCAUACUCAUCACGAACACGGUCCAGGUAUGUCCUCGGGACACGUCGUGCAGAGCACGGUUCACUCACAUUCCACACCAACGAGUUCCACUAAUAAACGCCACAAGCAAAAAAAGACUACAUACGCCACUUCAAGCAAUGUGGCCACACUGCACACUCAACAGUCGGUUUCUGCCACCGCCAGCCGCUCGUCUUCGCCCACUGUUGGUAACAUGGCGACUGUAGUAAACAAGGUAGUGAACACAAUAGAGGAACCCAUGGAGGAGGAAUGGACCUACGACCCCAACGAGCCACGCUACUGUAUCUGCAACCAAGUGUCCUACGGGGACAUGGUCGCCUGUGACAACCAAGACUGCCCGUACGAGUGGUUCCACUACCCCUGCGUGGGCAUCACUGCGCCGCCGAAGGGCAAGUGGUACUGCCCGCAGUGCCAGACCAACAUGCGUCGCAACCGCGCUCACCGCAAGAACUAAGCAAAUAACUCGAA